AUCUUGUCCUCUCAUCAUUGAGCUCCGGAAAAAUAAAGAUAAAUAGACAAGCAUCUGCGUUUCACUAGAUCAUCUGAGGGAUUUGACUGAAUCAAGAUGCUGCUGAUCAUUGAAGCUCUUCUUCUCAUUUUAGCUGCUCUAGGACAGGAUCACAGAGCUGCUGCAGGACAGAAAUAUCCAUUAAAUAUGGCACUGAAUUCUGUUGAUGACCAAUAUGAGGGCUGUAAAGAGAACAUGUCAGACCUGGUGAAGACAAAAUAUCUAGAGAAGGAAAUCAAAGACUCUUCUGAAUUUAGGGAUACUUGGCACGAUGGUGAAAAUAAAGCCAAGAAACCACAGGAUAAUUUGAAACAGAUUCAUUCAGUCGCCAUUUAUGUGUACACUAACAACAAUUCGCAUGUAUAUCGUAAUUUCAACAAUGCUGUUCGUACUGACAAACAAAAAUACAAAGACCAGGAAUUCAAAUGGUAUUCACUUCACUUUCUGUUAACAGAAGCGGUACAGAUUCUGAAUAAAACACAAAACAAAUGCUAUUCGACUUAUCGUGGUACGACUGUUGAGUUUGAUAAGAAUGUUCUGAACACAGAGGUUCGUUUUGGUUCAUUUACGUCCUCCUCGCUUGAUCGUAAAGUAGCAAAUGAUUUUGGACCUAAAGCUUGUUUUGAAAUUGAAACUUGUGAAGGUGCUAAUGUGAUCAAAUACUCCAAGUAUCCUGACCAGAAAGAGGUACUGAUUCCUCCAUAUGAGAAAUUUACAGUUGUUGAUGUCAAGACAAAAGGUCAGGAAGGUGCCUGGUGUGACACUGUGUUUAAGUUAAAAAGCUCUGGGAAAAUAAGUUACCUUAACUGUGGUGCUGAUGUAAAACUGGUACAAGACAGGGCCAAACUUUAAAUUUUCAAUCAUUUUGUCUUGUCAAGUCAAAAGUUGCUUCCUUUAUAAUGUUUUUUUCUGUUCUGUUCAUGCCUGAGUUUCUUGGUUGGUUUUUGUUAAUUAGUUCAGUUCUCCUUUGUUCCCUGCAUUUUUAUGUUUGUCGGUUAAAAAAAAAAGUGUCCGUAUGAAACCGCAAAAACAUGCUAUGAAGCGCUGUCAAGAGCAUGUCAAACCAACAGAUGGCGAUAUAACCCUAACCGUAAAGCCAUGUUGGCCAAUCAGAUGUCUGGAAUACAUUUUAUUACCGUUUCUGGUUCCAAUCAAAAUCUCCGGUUUUACCAUCUACAUGAACCAUCUACCACAGGGCUCGUCAACUGGCGGCCCGCCAAUCAUUUUCAUCUGGCCUGCGGCUCCUCAGUCUCCCUCCUCCUCCUUUCCUGGCAGUGCGGCUAAAUUUGGUUAGAUCCGUGGCCUACAUAUCAUAAUAUAAUAUUAUUUGACAGUGGUAGUGAGUAGCCAUGUAUGGUUUUACCUGUGGUUACCAAGUCUCACUGUGAGAAUAUAUUCAAAUAAGCGUAAUAAUUAAUAAAAGUAAAAAGUAAAAAAGGCCUGAACUGUGCAGUGGCUUUCAAGAAACCAACCAAGUCUGUAAAAAAUUUCAAAAUUUGUUGUACCAUGAACAAAAAGAUGCUUGGAAUUAACACGGUUACAUGAUUUACAAUGACCAAUGUGAUUUUUUUUCUUUCUUUCCUUUUAGUAGAGUAUAAUCGGUAGUAUGUCAGAAAACAUCAUUUGUUAAGUAUUGUUAAUUUCAAUAAUGGAAUAAAAUUUGUAAUUGACCAAAUAAAGUUGCUUCACGGUGAUUUUAUGUGUCCCUAAUUUAUUUCUUCAGUUAGACAUAGUCUUGUUGCGUCACAUGACUGAUAAGGCUGUACUAAGUUGCAGCAGCAUGCUAAUUCAGACCAAGCAAUCACACCCAGGGCCUAUACCAUGAAGCCUACACCUAUACCAGUUUAGGUGGCUAGCCAGGCAUGUUUCAGUUUAGCUUAUUCCAACCCUGGGUUUUAGGUAAAAAAGUGUUUUGGAUUUUAGCGGUGUUCAUCGUCAAAGUAACUAACACUCCAUGGCUAACAUCAAAGCCUGACUGGAUUGGUUUGGUUUUGUCAACUCAAAACUUAUCCCACAAUCCUGAGUUUGUUUAACUACCAUCAUGAUAUGAGCAUAAUGGUUUAUACUUUCAUCUCAUACAUUAACAUUGUUUCAUUUCUUAGCGUGCUAACAUACACCAAUGCAAGCUAGCAGUUCACUAAAAAGAUUAUUUGUUUGAAUGUACUUUUUUCUAGUCUAGUUAUACAAAUUUUAAUUGAAUUGCUUGCAUUUGUGAAACCACAAACACACUAGGCCUUCAGAGGUGUUGCAUUAAACUGAACACUUUCUUACUGCUAAAAAUGUGCUGGAUGCAUCAACAUUACACUUCACAUGCCUCGCAGCAAGCUAAAUAUCUGAGAAUGAAUAUUUGCUGCAUCGUAACACAUUUGAAUUUCAAUAAGGAUUUUCUGAACAUAUACAUUUUGUCUGCUUAGAGUUUGUUCACUUAGAGUUUUUUAAACAUUUGGUACCAAUGACCCUCCAAUAUGCUAAAUUCCCUUGUGAUCGACCUAAUAAUCUUUCUCCUGGUUUCUCAGUAAGAGAGCAGCUUGCAUCCUGGUGGUCUCAAUGCUUCAGAUUUUGGUUGUCCUGGGUCUGGUGGACCUAGAGGUCUCACUACCAACAGCUGCACUUCCUGUAAUGGCAGUUGCCAUUUGGUAUGUUUGGGUCGCAUACAAGCUAUCAGCUCUUCCAGAAGUGGAUAAGUCCACUCCAGCCCCCAAGCCCUGUCCAGAGCCUGUUCCAGCCCACAAGUCCAGUCCAGAGCCCGUUCCUAUCAUGAGUCCAGUCCAGAGUCCUCUCCUCCCAAUGAGUUUGAUCCAGAGCCUGUUCCAGCCCACGAGUCUGGUCCAGAGCCUGCUCCUGCCACAAGUUCAAUCCAGAGCCUGCUCCAGCCCACAAGUCUGGUCCAGACCCCGCUCCUGCCCACGAGUUUGAUCCGGAGCCUGCUCCAGCCCACGAGUCCGGUCCAGAGCUCCCUCCUGUCCACGAGUCAGGUCCAGAGCCCACUCCAGUCCCGCCUGCUCCACAGUGGUGGUCCACAGCUACACUUUGCUAGACUUCAGUCCUGCCUGCUCCACCAUGAUGGUCCUCAGCUAUACCUUGGUGACCCUCA